GAUCUUCCAAUCUUCCUUCCCCAGAUUCCAAAUCAGGUCGGAAUCGCAUCGUGGGGGCUCAAACCCUUAGUUAGCCCUGCUCCGCUUGUUUUCUGUUUGUGUUCGAUUCCUCCAUCAUCCGGAUUGUUCUCCGGUGUCACGUUCUUCCUUUCCGUGACUGUCGUCUCUUCAGCCAAUACACCUACAAAGCCGACAAUACACGGUCAGAACCGCGAGUCAAUCUACCAUGGCGCCUAUUCCCAUCUCGAAGCCGGGUGAGGAUGCUUUUGACAGCUUGGACUGGGAUCCCGAUCUCUCUUCUGUCAAAUCCGCAGAUGAAUCUCCAGAACCUGUCCCCAUCACACCACAGCCUGUCCAACCCAUUGCCUAUACAACAGUUGGGUCUGUUGUCAAUCCAAACCUUCUUCCUCAACUAUCAGCCCCCAACCGUAUUCAACGAGAAGGCGCGAACCGACGUCCUCUAAUGUCCAUUCUUCAAGGUCUGCAACCUCACUCGGCGCAAAGACGCGGUCCUCCACCUCCUCUUAAUAUGUCGAACUCGAUGCAUUACGCUCAACAGCUCAGUGCCCGUCCCUCGAACCCCGGUAAUCAGAAUUCCUUCCCUCGAACCUUCCAACCUGCAAUUCCAAAUAUGGAGCACGAGCAGGCUACACCAGUGCAAGCAGUGCAAGCAGUUCAGGGCUUGGACCAGAACUCUUUGCCAAUGUUGUCGCAACAAGAGAGGGACAGUUUGAUGAUGCAAUACGGUACAUACAAUGGUGUUCAAUCUGUGGCUUCGAACGCCUCUUCGCCCUUGAAGCGGUCCAACUUGCAGCAGGUCUCGAGGCAUCAAACAUUCAAUGUCAAGGAGUCGUGCGAUGAGGACGCUCGUGGUCGAUCCCAGGCUACUGCUGUCCAAGGCCUCGACAGAAUGCAGACCCUCCAACGUAUGGCCAAGUUCGAGAAUCCGAAUCAGCAAUAUGCUCGCGAACGCUUGUCUAUGUUUUCUGCAACAAGAGCACAACCCUCAUCUGCCAAUCCUCUUGGCGAGCUGAAUCGAGAGUAUCAAUUCCCUCCUCCAGGCAUCUCCGGUCCAUCUGUACCACAAUCAAAUCCUCUUCUUGGACCUGAAGGCCGUGGCUAUCAAGAAGCUCCUCCCCUACCCAGUCGACCAUAUGGAUACCCUCAACCACUAACCGCUGGACCCCCUGGUCAGCGUCAAGCGCGGCCCUCCCUCAUCACAAAUACCAUUGUUGCACAAGACAACACGGCUCCGUCAAGAUGGGAAGGUUCGGAUUGGUAUAACUCAAUGGGAACACACCAGGCAAGCAAUACUUGGGGCUACCAACAAGCAGCACAGAUUCCAGGACAACCCACGCCGGUUCCAGUUGCGGAUCUCGACAAAUACAACCGAUAUCAACCAGUCAAGGUUGUUGAUACCAUGCCCGAUACCGAAGCCCACAAAUACUUCCCCUACGGUCUUCCGCCUACCUUCGGUCACCAAUACAAACAACUGUCGCGCAAGGAUCAAUCCACAAUGGACAUCGCUUCCGGACUACCAGAGAGAGAAAGUAGUGUGAGCAAGGAGCAGGUACUAGAUGAUUGGUUCUACUACGGUCAACGACGUAUGUGGGGUAUGAGUAUGGAUGAUCAUACGGAAGAGAUGCGAAAGCGCUUGGUAGCUAGAGAGACGACCUUUGGUGCCUUUCCUCCUCCUCCCCGCAAGAAGUUUACCGAAUCGGUCAUCCCCAGAAAGGUCACUGCCAAGGAGAUGGAUCAGAUGAGUGUUGGUGAAGCAGCUGCUCCUAUUCUUGGCGCGGCGUUCGGCACCCUGCUAUCCCUGCACGACAAAGGAAUUGGUUCUGCGAGCGAGUACAGUGGUUUCGGCGAGCCUGAUCCCGACUGGGUUGACUCGAAUCCCAAGGCAAAUGGCAGCAUGUUCGGAGAGGAUUGGGGUCGUUCGCUGAAAUUCCAGGGUUACGUCGACUCUUACAAGCAAUCUCGCAGCUUCCGUUAGUGUAGAUGUUUGGCAUACUUGCUUGGGUUAUCAAUAGCUUCUUCGAUGCUUUUGUCAUGGAUGGAAAUACGACGGGAGCAUGGUGAAAUGGAUCAGAUAGAGCCUUUUGCAUGGAGUUGGCUUUUACAAUGGACGAGCAAGAUGCCCCUAGAAUAACGAACGAAUAAUGACAACGAAACAAUGAAACAAAUCACUUGUAUCUGUCGCACUGGCAGUGAAAACCCCGAAGGUGAUCACGUUUGUAGUCUUUUCAA